AAUCAUUUGGAUGUUUUGUUUACAUGGAAACAGCAUUUUUAGAGUCUGGCAACAUUAACUUCUGAAACCAGUUCCCAAAGUAUCAUCGAUCAAAGUUCUGCAGACUAAAGAAACACAGACAUGGUUUGGAAUUAUGGUUUAUUGCAGAGUUUCUCACUGUAAUAAGAAAGAUCCAGAGCUCGGGGAUUUGAUCGAGAUCUACAGAGGAGCUUAUAAUCACUGGGCUGUUUAUGUUGGUGAUGGAUAUGUUGUUGACUUUGUGGAAACUGGGGGUGGUGGUGGAAGCUCCAGCAGUUCAGGCUCUAGUGGUGGACGCUUCUUGAACCUGGUUGGCUUGUCUACUCGUGGGAAAGUGAGAAAAGAGAAGUUGAGGGAAGUGGUGAAUAAUGACCCGUGGAUUGUCAACAACAGCCUUGAUGCUAAGUGCACACCUCGCAAACCUCAUGAGAUUGUAAGCGAGGCUCGUAAACUGGUGGGCAAGAAACUGCCGUACAACUUCAUCACAAACAACUGUGAGCACUUUGCCAAAGACCUACGCUACGGGACGGCCGUGUCCGAGCAGGUAGAGGAAGUAGAAAGAGAUGGUGUGGCUGGAGCAGUCGCUGGUUUAACUAAGAGGUUUGUGAUACGUAACGUGUUGGAUGCCUACAAAAAUUAAAAUACAUAAAUGACAAGAUUAUAAAUGGUGACUCCGUUUAAAAUCCCUGUGUAUUUUCAAGUCACGUCACAGUUUAUUUUCAUUCAAUGUGUUCAUUGAUGGAAGUGUUCUUAUGUUCCUCUGAGAUAUUGAGCUCUUUUCCUCUGACAUUUCUUCAUGAAGGUUUGGAUAAUAAAGAAUAUUUUGUGUGAA